AUGAUAAUAAAGAAGGAGCAGGGUCAGAAAAACGAGAAGAAGAAGAAGAAGAAGGAGAAGAUCGCAGGAGAGAAGGAGAAUUCGAAGAGGAAUAUGGAGAGUGGGGAAGAGAAGAAGAAGAAGAAGCUCAAGUCCGGGGGCGGGCUCGUGUGGGUGGGGGGAAUCAAGCACAAGAUAGUAGUGAUGGGGGCGGCUAGGGUGGGGAAAUCAUCCCUCAUACAACAGUUCCUCUACUCCACGUUCACGCCUAAGUACAAGCGAACCGUUGAGGAGAUGCAUCAUGGCGAUUUCACUGUGGCCGGAGUCCACCUAACCCUGGACAUCCUAGAUACAUCUGGCUCGUUCGAAUUCCCCGCUAUGCGAGCACUCUCCAUCUCAUCAGCUGGCUUCAUCCUUGUCUACUCAGUGGUGGAUGCGGCGACCUUUGACGAAGCACGGGUGAUCCGCGACCAGAUCAUUGAGACUAAGGGCAACCGGGCUGUGCUUGUGGUCGUGGGGAACAAGCUGGAUUUGGCUGAUGAGAGCCGAGAGGUACAUACUGAUCUUGUAGAGAAAUCUGUUCCCUACAAAAAAGGUCUCUUACAAACUUUGGCUAAGAUCUGAAAAUUGCAUUUUCCACAGGUGUUCAAAGAACUGCUGACCCAGGCGAAAGUCAAAUACAACCUGAGCCCAGCUUUGAGGCGCCGACGCCGUCAAUCUCUGCCGAUGACGCAGGGGGGUCUGGGUGGAGGUGCGAACACCCCCAAUCCCGCCAUUCCCUCUGCCGCACAGUUGGCUCACCUGCAACGCAUACAGGAAAAGCAUGCCGCCUCCGGGGGCGGAGCUGUGGGGGCGGGCGGCAAGAGGAAUUCCUGUGUCAUAUCGUAGGGCACAC